ACAUAAUAUAUAAGUUUAACAAAAAGAACUUGAUACGUGUCCUCUAAGGGUAGUCAAUACGUUUCAUGUAAAUAUUACUAAAUAUUGUAUUGUGCGUAAUAUAAUAAGGGUUUCUUCUACGUGACAUAUAAUAAUAGGAUCGUGACAAUUCUUAAUGACGUUCUAUUUCGCCAUAUUACUUUUACGGUUAUACAGUUCAACAUUGCUGUUGUUUAUUUUGUAAGAUCGAUGUUAAUGAUGAUUUGACAGCGACAACUUUAUGUGUGCGUAUGUGAAUAGACUUCUUAAAGUAUUCAUAAUCAACGUGACAGAAAGUAAUAAAAGUGCAAUUAUUAAACAACAGCAAUAUUAGUAUCAUAGAAAAUUUCCAAUAUUAUAUGUUUGCUUUUACUUAUCUUCAUAUGACCCAACAUUUUUCGAGAUAUCCAGUAUAUACAUCGAUUUGAUUCUGUGACCAAUUUUUAUGUCUAAAAUGAAUAUUCGGCUGUAUGGAAUAGUUGGAGCCAUCAUAAUAUUUUUGAUUGCCAUUUUUGGCAUAGGCUUGAUCGUAAAACUUUUUGUUUGUUUGCUUGUUUUAAUCAUAGGAAUAAUGAUCUGUAUAAAUAGAAUAUCUACUCUCAGCGAUAAUAAUGCUCUAAUAUCAGAGCGGGAGGAUAUAAUCAAAAAGACUGAUCACUUUCGGCAGUAUAUUUUUAACUUAUCCAAGGAAAAGAUUAAUUUUACAUUAGAUAGAAGAAUUACUGGCAGUCGUAUUAUCGAUGAAUCUCUGCAAGAAAUUUUAGACUUUAUCCUCAGAGAUUAUGUGCAAAGUUGGUACAGCUCUAUUACAGACGAUAAAGAAUUUCUCUAUUCAGUUCGCAAUAAUGCUCAAAAAAUUGCCAUCAAUAUAGCAAAUCGGGUAAAAGCUGUUGACUGGAUACCAUAUUUAACUACGCGUCUUGUUGAUGAUGCUGCUUCACACAUGAGAUUGUAUCGUCAAGCUCAACUAAGGAUAAAAGAACGUAGAGCGCAGAAAUUAUAUAAAGGUAGUGCUAGUUCUAGUACUUCAGGUGGAACCCCCAAAAGAAUGCCCACACAUCGACGGAAUAAAAGUGAAACUGAUAUAUCUUGGUAUACACAGUCAAAAUUUUAUAUUCCAAAUUUAUCAUCUCUCAUUGAACCUAUUGAACUUGGAGACCAAAAUGAGGAGGAAUCUUUAGAAAAAAUAUUCUUUGAUCUUGAAGUGCAAAUGGAAAAUAAUUUGAUAUGUAGAGAUGUCGUAUGCACAAAUAAAGCUCAAGAACGAGAAUUAUUAUGUGAAAUAUCAGAAGGUCUCUUACAUUUAAUAUUGCCAAAGGAAGAUUACGAUUGUUUAACCGUUAGAUAUUUUUUAAAAGAAUUAUUAGCAAAUGCCAUAAUUAAACCAUUACUGAAUCUUUUCUCUGAUCCUGAUUAUAUUAAUCAGGCAUUUAUAUGGCUGUGUAGUAAAGAAAGUGGAUUGCCAAGUGAAAUCUUUUUAACAGUAAUUAGAAUAACUGAUAAUUUGGAAGAACUAAUGGCAACAAAAAAUAUUAUUUCUAAGGAAAUAACACAUCUACGUUCAAAAGAUUUAACUGGGGAUGAUGAUUUAUCAGCAAAACAACGAUUAAAUAGUUUACUUUAUUUUAAAAAAAUUUUGGAGGCAAGAAUUGUUGGAAUGCAAGAGGGUUUAGAAUCAGAGGGAGAUGGAAUUGGUACUCAACCAGACUGGAAUAGAUUAAUUGUUCCUGGGCAAAAAUUAGUUAAUCUGCCUUUAGAUGAAUUGUUGAAGAAUAACAUUGCACUUAGUUAUUUUAUUGAUUAUAUGACUUCUAUAAAUGCUGAGGCAUAUCUGUACUUUUAUUUAAAUAUAUAUGGUUGGAGAGUAUCAGCAGAGCAACAAAUAGCAGAUAUUCAUUUACAAAAAAUACAAACUGGUCCUUCAACCUCAAGUAUCGUUAAUACUAAACGUAAAAAUAUAGAUCUAGAAAAUUUAAAGGAGGCUGCUUUAAAAAUUUAUCAACAGUAUCUGAGUGAUAAAGCAUCAUCAAAGUUACAGUUAGAUGAUUUAUUAGUAAAAAAUUUAGUGACAAAAAUAAAAACUGAAACUGUUAAGGAAAUAUGGUUUGAUGAUCUCUUAGUUUGUUGCUAUGAAAAGUUACAAAAUGAGGAUAGAUUUUUACCUAGUUUUAAAAAAUCACUUGCAUAUAUUAAACUUCUUGCUGAAUUAGAUUUACUGAAAGAUCCAACCUCUGAGGAUGAUACAAAAUCCUUAAAAAGUAUAAAUUUAACUAGUGUUAAUGAUGAAUUAAAUACUUUGCAAAAUUUAACAGAGAGCUGUACUAACAGUGAAGCAAAUAUAACAGCAAGAAAAGAAGGCAAGUUAAAAUCAAAUUCUUCAUUAAAUUUGAUAGAUACUCUUGAAUCAAGUGAAUCUAAAUCAUGCAGUGAUAUUGAAAAAAAAUCUUUAAGUAAUACAAAAGAUACGAAAAAUAUUCAAAAGGUAUCAAGUAUAGAUUUGGAUCAAAUUAACGAAGGAAAAGAUGUAGCUUUUUAUUUAGAUUCAAACGUAGAUCAAUGUAUCACGUUAGAUGAAAAGAACUGUGACUUAAGUGUAAUUAAAAAGCUCCAACAAGGUCGUUUUGAAAUUACUGCAAAGAUAAUUGAAACUGGUAUUGUUAAUGAUCGUGGUAAAACAUAUGGUAUAUAUGCUGUGGCUGUUACCAAAUGUUAUGAUUCAGGUUAUCAAGAGAAAUGGCACAUUUAUAGAAGAUAUUCUGAUUUCUAUGAUUUGUAUCAAAAAAUAAAAGAAAAAUAUUAUGAUUUGGCCAAAAUUCCAUUUCCUGCUAAGAAAGCGUUUCAUAAUAUGGAGAGGACUGUAUUGGAAAAAAGAAUGUUAAUGUUGAAUGCUUGGUUACAUCAACUAACAAAACCAGCAGUUGUUGAUGGCCACAUGGGUUUACAAAAUCUCUUAUUAGCGUUUUUAGAACAAGGAGAUUACGAUAAAGGGGUUACUGGAGGUCAAAUUUCACGAACGUUAGAUAAUUUAAUGAAUCCCCUAAAAACAUCUAUGAAGAGCGUGACGCAAGCUGUAAAGACUAUGCCAGAUAAUAUGUUGAGUACAGUAGACGGUGUUAUGGAUAAUAUAAGUAAAUUUUUUGGUAAUCCAAGAAAAAGUAAUGUUUUUUAUGAGCAUACCAAAGUUGGUGCUAGCCUGGAUGUAGAAACUAAUGAUAAUAUUCCAUUAAGAAUAAUGUUAUUAUUAAUGGAUGAAAUUUUCGAUUUAAAAGUAAGAAAUCAGUGGUUAAGACGAAGGAUCAUUACUUUAUUAAGACAAAUUAUUCGUACGAUGUUUGGUGAUAUUGUGAAUAGAAGAAUAAUAGAAUAUGUUUCAUUAAUAACUAGUCCCACAAAAGUUGCAGGAUAUUUACGUUUCAUUAAGAAUAGUUUAUGGCCCAAUGGUAUAAAAGCUGAAAGUAAACCUAUUCGAGAUUCAGAAAUAAAAUAUAGAACUCGAGUAGUAGCCAAAGUAGCAUUGCUCUCUUGUUUUUCAGACGAUUUGAAGCAUAUCAUAGGUAGUGAAACAACAAGACAUGGGCUCCUAAGGGUGUUUGAAUUAUUUCAACAACCUGUAUUAAAUAGAAGAUUAUUAUAUGUAUUACUUGAAGGGAUUCUAGAAACUUUAUUUCCAAAAAACAACAUAGGAGAUAUAUUUAAAAAAGUCUACUGUACGUCUUCUCGUUUGAAAGAUAAAAUUAAAACGUAACAGGUUUUCGAUGAGUGAACCAGCCAGUUUGAUAAUGUAAUAAUACAAUCCGGACGCAAUUGCAUCUAAUUUGAAUUCGAUACAAAGGUCUUGCAUUAUCAGAUAAUGAAGUCUAAAUAAAAUAAAAUAAAGUUACACUUUAUAGAAUGAAAUCUUCAAUAACGAUCUAAUAUAUUUAUAUCAGCUACGAUAUAUUGGCGACGACCAAUUAAAUAUUUAAGAUAGAUAUAUUGAAAUAUAUGUUAUGGUUUGUUUAAAUUAACAAUAUCGCGCUAUAUUGAUUUAUAUGUCUUGUUUCCUUUGUUUUCUUUUUAUUCUUUAUUGUUAUCUGAUAUUCGUAUUUAGUAUUUUGGCAUUUAAUAAUAAUUAGAUUAUAACAUAAAUAAAUUCGGUUGCAAGUAUAAACAUAAAGUGAAUAUAACUGAAUUUAUUUAUGUUAAGACCCAAUAGAAAAUUAAAUUAUCUAAAAAGUAAUAUCGUAGCAGCUAUUGUUUAAUCUAACGGGGAUCAAAGUAAGAGUCGGAUAAUCUUACAAUUUUGGUAAUAUAUAUAUAUUUAAUAGGAAGUAAGUACUUGUAAACUUAUGGCCAAGAAAGUGUUAUAUAUGAGUUGAUGCCAUCUGAACAGAUCUUUAUUGGAUUAUUAUUCUUGAUGGUAUGGUGUAAUAAGAAUAACACAAACAUUCCAUUUGCAUUUUAAUAUAUACUUAUGGUUAUGUAACAAUCGUUUUCUUACAAAUAAUCAUAAGAUAAAAAUAUAUGUAACUGUCCAUUCAAACUCUCAUGAUAUAUGCAGAAUAUGUGAUUAUAAAAAAUAAUUUAUAUAUAGAUAUUUAUUAAAUUCAUUAAUUUAUAAGAAUACCAGAGUGUGUGUGCCAUUAAGAUAGCAGCAAUAAUUUUAUUUAUUAAGCAAAUUACAUGGUCUUCGAAAUGAUGUUUAAAAAAAUUUACAAAAAAAAAAAAAAGAACAAGCAUAGCAUAUAUUUAAAGACUUAUAUAUAAUUUCUGUACAAAUUGUUGUAUAUUAAUGUUAUAUGUAAUUUCUCAUGUAUAUAUACAAUAAUUUUUAUUGCAUCAAAGAGCUAUGUUUAAAACAUUUUACUUAUUAAAUGAAUUGUUUAUAAUUUAUAAAUGUUUUGUUUAUGAUAUUUACGAAAUUCUGCAAAGGUAUAUAAAAUAUAUUAAAUAUUUUUGUUUUAUAAAAAAUAUAUGUAAGAAUAAUUUGCAUUACUAAAAUUAGAGGAAUAGUAUAUCAAAAGAUAAAUUACACAAAUUCUUUUGCAAGAACGUUUCAUAUACCUUUUCUUUCGACUAAAAACAGAUAAGAAAAAAUAUAUCAAUUUUUUAAACAUCAUAUUUUUUUUUAAUUUCUUAAAUUUUAAUACAUUAAAAAUUAUAAAAUAAUAUAUUAUUAUAUUUGGUGAAAAAUAUAUUAUAGAAACAAAUAUUUUUGUACAUAUAUAAAAUCAAAAUUCAUUAGUGUUCCUAUUCUUUUUGUGUGAUUUAUCUUGUGGAUAAAAUAUAAACAAACAAUAUUUUCCAUUGAAUGUAGUAAUUUAUAUUUUACAUUUUUUUAUUAGUAAAUUUUUUUUCUUUGGCUAUGCAAUACAAUUAAAUCAGAAUUAUUCAAAAUAUCUUAAGAACUUAAUUGUGUCAAGUAUAAAUUUCUACUACGUACAAUACAAAAUAUACUAUAUAAUCAUUAUUAUUUGUAUCGGCAAUAUGAAAUGCUUCCUACUGAAUGUGAAGGAAAUGCAAAACUCAGUCUUUUGCCCAUUAUUUUAGACUAGGCGUGAGGUUCUUUUGGAGUAUUUUGUAAUUAUUUUAUUAUUAUGCCUGUGACACAAUUUUUCAUUUACUUAAGAAAAGUGUUAAAGCAGUCUUAGCAUAUACACUCUACUUAAGUUAAUGGGAUUCACCACCACAUUAAGAUUUAACUGUACUUUGCACAUUUUCAACUUCAAAUGACAUUACUUACUUAUAUUGUUGGACAAACGCCCGCAAUGACUCGUCCAUAAGCUCGUUCUGGACCCAAAUGAAUGGAAUUCAAAUUAAUGUAUACAUUAUUUAUGCAACCAACGUAUUGAGAUUGUGACGUGCUGCCACGUAAUCUUCUACCCAACAUAGGAUGGCCACCGAUGAAUAUCGGAUGCUUCGACAAAACUGCUGCUACGUUUUUACCACCAAUUCCUAUUGGAGCGGCCUUGUGAUCAACGGAUAAAAGUACAGCAUUUUUCUGUUUUACAGCUGUUGCAAGAAAAACAGAAGAUAAGUAUUUUGGCAACAAAUAAAUAAAUAAUAUAUAACACACACACAUACAUCAGAUAUAAAAGAUAUAUUACCUCGGACAUUGUGCCAAUUACCAUCGCAUAAAGAAUUAGAUUUGGAUGGUUCAAACGAGGUUUCUAUAGAACCCUUGGUCGUUUUAACAAGAAAUUUAACAGUACCAUUAAUCAUCUCCAAAACUAGAUAAUCUCGUUUACCAUGAACCGACAAUAAAUGUCCAGAAGUUGUACGUGGUUUGAUAUCCAUCUGUAUAUCCAUAGUACGUCCAACGGUAAAUCGAUCCACUGAAAAGAUUUUUCAUGAUUUUUCAUUAUUUUUAAUAAAUGAAAUAUGUACGUAUGUAUGUGCAUGUACAGUUACAUCACUUACUUGCUUUGAACAGAUUGCUACCAUUCCCUGGGAAGAAGAACAAUCCUGGCUCUAUUCGUUUUGAACAUGGUAUUACACCUACUUUCAUUGUAGGUUCACCAACAGAUUGACCAUUCAUCAUAAAAUUGCUUAAACAUCCACUGAACAUAGUACUUAAACCCUAAAAAAGUAAUAGUAUUUUAUAUACUUCUAUCAUGAUAUCAUGAUAUAUAAGUAUAAUUAAAGAUUGAUUUAAUAAAAAAAUAAACAAAAAAGUUUAUAUGAAUAUUCUUAAUUACUUUAGUGUGUUGACACUACGUCUAAAGUAAUAUUCACUUAUUAUAAAUUACUCUGUAUAUAUGUGUGUAUCUAUAUAAAACAUAGUAAUAUAUAAUAUCAUUGAAAAAAGAUUGUAAACUCUUACUAUUCUUGAUUGUGUCGCGCUAAACAAUUCUGGUAGUACACCUCCUACAAAGAAUGGUGGAUUAACAUUGAUAGUUUCAGUAUGUCCUUGAGAAGAGCCAAUUAUUGGUGUUUCAUUAUCUACAGAAAGUUGUCCGAUUUGUUUAUUUCUCUUAAAAGCAAUGUAAUGCCAUUGAUUAUCAUUUAUUUGUUUAUCGCUAAUAAGUACAGCUGGUCCACUUCCACAGUCAAACUUAUGAUGAAUCUUGAAAAACAAAAUAUUAUUUUUAUAACAUUUUAUAUUUGAAUUAGAACAAAAUAAUGAUUUAAUUAUUAUACAUAAUUCCUCUUACCUUUCCGUCUAGAAUAUAUAAGGCAAUCACAUCUUGUUUACUUAAAUCCGAGGCAAAGAAAACAAUUCCAUUAUCAGACAUUGUUUUAAUGUUAAUUUGGAAAUCAUAAUAGUCUCUGUAUCUUCCAUUUAAAGAUCUAUAUUCCAAUCGACUAUUGUUUGUAGUACCUAGAUAUAAUAAUGAAAAAAAAACUUUAUUAGAAUCCAUAGAAAUAAUGUUUUCAUGGAUAUUAAUAUCUAUGUACCGAAUCUCCAUUCAUUUUCGAGAUCAGGAUCAGUAGCUGGAUAAUAAGGUAAAUGACAUUGGUCUACAGUUUGAGGUAGAAUUGGUUUUGGAGUGGAUGUUAUAAUUGUUUCAGUUGUUAUUUCAAUGUGAUGACCGCGUCCUUCCAAAGUAGGUUCUUCGUCUUCAUCUUCCUUUUCUAAUUCAAUGUCUACCACAUCUGGAAAUAAAUAACAAAUUUAUUAUUUCUAAUAAAUGUAUAUUUGAUUUAUGUAAUUACUAACUAAUUUGUGUUGCGCCUUCAGUUGUAUCAUCAGGACUUUCUGUAGGAAGCAGAGGUAUCCAAACAUUUACUUCUGGUUCGUCAACUGGAGCAAUAGCUAUAAAAAAGAACGUUUACUUAAUAAUAUAUUGUUUUGUAGUCUCAGUUAAAAAAUUAUUAAAAAACAUAAUAAACAUA